UUGGUAGUGAAGUGAGUGCAGGUGACUAUGGAGUUGCUCCUCCUGAUUGUAUUGAGCUUGUCAGCGAAAUUCUCAUUCGGCUUCUCGGAGUGGACGCAUGAGAUGGUGCUAGACGGGGAAGGGAUUCUCCGGGUUCAAUGGAUGGCAAUGCCCGGCGGCAAGGUCAUCAGGUUCAAGGUCACGGGAAGGACCCUUGGUUGGAUGGGAAUCGGAUUCUCGCCGAAUGGAGGGAUGGCUGGGGCUGACAUCACCCUCCUCUGGGUCCAAGAUCACACCGGAACACCACAUGCACUCGACAUGUAUGCAAAGGGUGAGGAGCGUCCUGUGUUGGACGACAAGCAGGAUGUGACCGUGGAAUCAGGCCAACAGAACGAGACCCACACGGAUAUCGUCUUCCUCAAAUACCUUCAAGAUUGUUCUUACAAUGGCCAGGACUUCCCUCUUGGGGAAGGGACGGUUCGCCUGAUCUGGUCUUGGCACCCCGAGGACCCGGAAGGAAAGGAAGAUUCUUGGACACCCAAAUACCACGACCGGAGUCGAAGGGGCACCAGAAGCGUCUAUCUCUUCAGCCCGCCUCUGGAAAAUAAUCUUUCGCCUGCUGAAGAAAGGAACUUUAAGAAAUGGGAUAUCCUUUCUCCUGAUGUGGAGAUUCCGAGUGACAGAGAUACUCUUUAUUGGUGCAAGAUCUUCAAGGUUCCUCCUGAAAUCCAGGCCAGACCUCAUCAUAUGAUUGGAUAUGUGCCGGUGAUUGAAGCAGAUCACGAGGUAUAUGUGCACCACAUGCUCCUGUACGAGUGCAGCCUCCCCGCUCAUUCCAAGCUGACCUCGAGCGGUGUGUUCGAGAAGUACGUCUCUCACGCCGGUGCUCCCUGCUAUGCACCCAACAUGCCCAUCUCCUGGAACUACUGCCAAAAGGAAAUCGUCGCUUGGGCCGUCGGAUCCGAAGGUGAAUAUCUGCCGGAGAGGGUGGGUAUUCCCCUGGCCGACGAGCAUCGUGGUGCCACAUAUAUGAUGAUGGAGAUUCAUUACAACAACCCAACCCUUCAGAAAGGCAUCGUGGAUCGGAGUGGAGUCCGGGUGUACUAUACGGAGGAGUUGAGGCCCAUCGAAGCGUCGACAUUGCUUACAGGUCACAAGGUCACCUUCAUGCAAGUCCUUCCACCUGGACGGCCCCGUUUCACCUCUCAUACCAUCUGCUCCGAACACUGCACGCGACAGGCGAUCCCUGAAGACGGGAUCAAGGUAUUUCAGGUAUUUCUCCAUUCCCAUCUGACGGGGAGAGAGAUCCACGUGAGACACUUUCGAAACGGCAAGGAAUUGUCGCCGAUUGCGUCGGAUGCGUACUAUGAUUUCAACUAUCAGCAAGCUCACAUCCUCCCUAAACCCGUGACGGUGCUCCCUGGAGACAUCCUCUUGACAGAAUGCGUCUAUGACACCACUGACAGACACAACGUGACUUUGGGGGGCUUCAGUACCAGAGAGGAGAUGUGCCUGGCCUUUCUCAAGUAUUAUCCAAAAUUGGAAUUUGACCAUUGUCUCUCCCUUCCUGUUUAUGAGUCUUACAUGGAGACCCUUGGGAUCCAGGAGUUCUAUGACUUGGAAGAUUUCCGGAUACGGGAUUAUCAAUCACUGAACCUGGAGGACGAGACAGACGAGACGGGCAAGGUGGAGUCGCCGCUUGCCGUCGAAUCCUCUCUCAUCCGCAAGGAAUCCAAUGUUCUGAAAACCCACCUUAUUGUCAAAGAACCGGAGGAUUUGCGGAAUCUUUCCUUCUAUGAGAUAUUGCAUCAAACGGACUGGAAUCCCAAGGUAUCGGAGAAGCUGCAGUUUCGAUUCCUCCAUGGCAAACACAUUCCGAUUUGCAGGAAGACCGGGCAACAACUCUACGAUUAUCCGAAAGAGGUUGAAUACCCGGAUGUUUCCGAGAUAUCAUACCACAAGUGUCUGAAAGCAUCAGGAACCAGACCGAACUUCACUCUCUCCUUCACAAUAGCCUUUCUCUUCCUUUUCCCCCUUCACUUCCUGCAUUAAAAUGGGACAUUUUGCUGCCAAACUUGUCGCCAGAUUUAGUUUAGCAACAAGCUAGCUUCUAACUAGCAGUUUAAGCUACUAAGACAUCGUAGUCCUCAUGCUAGCCUAUUACUCAUCAGAGAGAACGCUCGUAAUCUGCCCGGAAUUUCGCGAAGAAAUUCUUGGAGGCAAAUAAAUAUGUAUUUCUUCUGCACAUAGUAUUUUUUAUUUUGGGCAGUAUAUCGUUUGCUU